ACCUGACGUGCGGACGAUCGAUAGCGGCACGAGUUACGACCCUAGUUUGUUGGAAUUAGAUUAAAUUCGAUCGCGAAACGGGACGGGACGGGACUUGCCGCUCGAGGCGUAGUGAUGUGUGUAAUGUAAAUCCGUUAUCGAUAGACUUCGUGAUAAACAUGAUGACUAUGGACGUCGGGAUGUACAACAAUCAGCAGAAUGGGUACAGCGCCGAAUACUACCAGCAAGGGGCCGCAUACCAACCUCCGUACGAAUACCACGAAGGGUACUACGAACCAACUCCUUAUUUCGAACCUAUAAUCCACAAUCAAACUCAUGAACCUGCCCCAGUGAUUAGUACAGAUACAGGACUUUGUUAUACAAAUUUGGACUAUGGUGAACUACAGCAAAACUAUCCCGUACAUCCCUUACCACCCCAUCCAGAAGCUUUCAAACAUAGAGAGGAACUUCCCAGACCUGAGGAGAUGCAUAUGCAUGAGCAUAAACUAGACAAUCAUUAUUUGGAAACGAAAUAUAACAUGCAUUUUGUGGAUGACUCAUCCAUGCAGUACAAUCACGCAGGGUCGCCCUUACCUUGUGGUGAUUUCGACCCUUACGCCCCUAAAGAUGAAUUCGGGGGGUUAAGAGAAGGGUUCCCAAGAGAUGGGGACAUGCAGGGCCACCACCUGGGCCACCAAGCACACUCGUCUCAUGCGGCAGUUCCUACUUAUAAGUGGAUGCAAGUUAAAAGGAAUGUGCCCAAACCUACUGCACCCAAACUGAUGAUUCCACCAGCGGACUUCGUGACACAAGGAGUGUUAGGAAGUCCACAAGACGGCCUCCGCACCCCAACCGGAAACCAGAUGCUAGCCAACCCCCUCCUAAACCUUAACAACACCGGCAGAACCAACUUCACAAACAAACAACUAACAGAACUAGAGAAAGAGUUCCACUUCAACAAAUACCUCACCAGAGCGAGGAGGAUAGAAAUAGCUUCAGCCCUACAAUUGAAUGAGACGCAAGUCAAAAUAUGGUUCCAGAAUCGACGAAUGAAGCAGAAGAAGAGGAUCAAAGAAGGACUCAUCGUUGCUCCUGAAGUAGCACCGUCAACAUCUCAUCCUAACACCAUAGGCUCAAAUGAAAACAGCCGGGAGUCCAGCUAAAUAAUACUUAGCUUUAGCUACUUUUUGUGGUUCCAUUUUAAAGACUAGUUUCGAAGUUAUUUUGUUUUUUUAAUUUUUCAAUGGCUACCUACUUAAAAAGAUAGUAGGUACUACAUUUUGUCAGUCGAUUUAAAAUUUUGUCCAAUGAUAAAGAAUAAUAAAAUGCGAUAAUAUUUGAAAUCGGUAAAAAUAGGUAGCUGUACUUUUGAAUUAAUGAAUGGUGUUUCAAGUGUUACUGUUUCAAAUUGCCAUUUAUUGCUGGAAAAUGUGAAAACAAAUAGAUUGAAAAGAAAACCGAUGGAAAACCUAUAGAUUUUAUUUAUUAAACUAAAUAGAUGAUGCCCGUGAAUAAUUCAUUCGCGUGGAUUAGGUUUUUGAAAAUCCCGUGGGAACACUUUGAUUUUGUGAUGUGAACGUCUAGGAAAAAGUAGGUAAUCGAUAUUAUAGACAUGUUAUUUUGUACUCUUGAAAUAUUCUUGAAACAAUAAAUUGUAAAAAAAUACAAAAUCCGUAAAAUAUUUUGGCAAGUUUCAAAAAGUUUUCGAGAUUACUUUUUUAUUGAAAGAUUGGUUAAAUAUAAUUUAGUCGUAAGCACUGUAAAUUAUUGUGCGAUUUCUUAUUAGAUGGCUCAUUUUUUUAUUUAUUCUUUUUUACAAUUGUUUAUUUGUUAACAAUUGCAUUCUUUCGCCCUUACAUAGGUAUACUUAUUUAUGACUUCAAGAACCAAAGCUCAUAUUCUUUAUUUAUUUAGGUAAGGUCAGCAGCUAGUUGAAGACAAUUUCAUUUAUAGUGCAUUCAUUUUGGGAACGCUACUCACCAUAUUAUUUGCUACUAGCCGAUGCCCGCGCCGUCGCCCGCGUGGAUUUAAGUUUUUCGAAAUCCCGUGGGAACUCUUUGAU